CUCACGAUAAGCCACUUCUUGCCUAAAAAGCAUUCGAAAUUUCCAAGCUUGCGACCGACUGACCCGAGCGUCACCCGACCAUUUCAGACAUGUCCAGCCUGCUGUCAAUUUGCUCCGCGAGGACCCUGGCCUUCGUUGUACUGGCCAUUCUCUGCUGUUCCCUUCUCUGCGAAACGAGGGCCCAACAGUUCUAUCCCAACGGGAGAUACGGAAGGAGGAGCGUCAUCCCACCUCUGGCAGAAUCCACGCAAGAUUUCAGAGUGGCGAUUUCCGGCGACGACUCCAUGAUCUGCAAAUUCACCGGCUACGCUGACUACUACAGGUGCACAAGGAAAGAUGUGUCAUCUUCUGACCAGGUUCUGAAUUGAAGAAGACAUAUUCUCCACCAUAGUUGAAGAAAUGGAUUAGAGUUUUUUGAUCGAAGCGAUAUUUAUGUAUCUGUAUAAGGAAAUAAAU